CAGGAAGUGACGUAUUUUGGCGCAUGCGUGGGCCGGUUGCGCGACGGACCGACAAAGGUGCGAAGCUCGGGAGGUUUCAUCGACUUCAAAACGUUGAAAAUGUUGAGAGAGUUGGUGAAGGAGCGACUGGUGGCGGCGGCUGAGGAAAUAUUUGCGCUGUUUGAAGGCGCGAUGACGUCAUACGAGGAGGAACUUUCUAGAACCAGAGAGGAGAAGGAGCGACUUCGACAACAACUGCAAUUUGCUUGCAAGACUCGCCUUGUGUCACAAAUUGAAGACGAAGAAGAACAUCCCCAUCGGUCUCAGAGGGGGGCUUACACUUUCAAGCAGGAGGAGCCACAGCCCCCCCACAUUAAAGAGGAAGAGGAGGAACUCUCGAUCUCUCAGGAGGAAGAGUGUGGACCUGAAGAGGCUGAUCUCACCAAGUUGCAACUGAGAGUUAUCUCUGUGAAGACCGAAGACCGUGAAGAGAAACCACCCGAGUCCUCGCAGCCUCGUCGCAGUCCAAGUGAGGAGAACGCAGGGGCGGAGCCUCCAGGCUGCAGCUCGUCACGACCCGUGACAACAGAAGCUGAGGCAAGCAACCGUGACGGGAACGGCGCCCAAGAACCUUUGAGCAACGACACAUACCGUGACGGCGACCUCAGGACUCAAACUGACGACAAAGCUUCUAAAUGCUGCAAAAAGAGGAGAGGUAAAAAAUGUUUGACCUGCCCACUUUGUGGCAAACACUUUUCUUACGAGUGCGAUUUGACUCAACACAUGAGAACUCACACGGCGGAAAAACCAUUUAAGUGUCCGGUUUGCAGUAGAGGCUUUACUCAGAAAAUUAAAAUGAAAUCACACAUGAGAAAUGUCCACGCGGAAAAAAUUUACAGUUGCUCAGUUUGCCGGGAAGAGUUUUUCUUUAAGAUCCAGUUGACUCGACACUUGAAACAUCACAAAGAAAUACCUGUCAGUUGUUCUGUUUGCGGCGAAAUAUUCCCUCGCGGUGCCGAUCUGGUGUCACAUGUGGCGAUUCACGAAAACGAAACGUCUUUUAAAUGCUCAGUCUGUGAUAAGAGCUUCUCCACGUUGGCCCAGUUCGACACGCACGUGAGAACUCACACGAGAGAGAGGCCCAGUUGCUCGCUUUGUGCUAAAACCUUUUGUAACAGAGACUCUCUGAAGUCACACAUGAAAACGCACACCAAGGAAAAACCCUUCCGUUGCUCCGUUUGCGCCAAAAACUUCACUCAGCGAUCCAGUUUGAACGUGCACAUGCGCAACCACACUGGAGAAAAACCUUUCAGUUGUUCGGUUUGCGCCGCCAAAUUUGUUCAGCUCAUCAGUUUGAAUACACACAUGCAGUCUCACACCGGAGAAAGACCGUUCAACUGUUUGGUUUGUGAUAAAAGCUUUGGUCGCAAGUAUUGUCUGAAAGUGCACAUGCUCACUCACACUUGAGGGGGAAACCUUUUGUGGAGUUUUAACCAGGAAAUAAUAUCUUGUUCAAACAAUCUGGCAAGUCUGCAUUUAAAAAAAUGCAAAAGGAAAUACAAAUAAUUGAAAUAAAACCGACUUCGAGCAGCUGCUGGGCAGUGAAGGCAUACAUCAGAAUUUAGUGUGGAUUGUUCAUGUUGGAUUUUGGGACUAUUCAUUUUCUGUGCCCUCCGCUCAGUUUUAAGUGGACACAUUUGGUCAUGAAUCAAUCAAUCAAUGUUUAUUUAUAUAGCCCCAAAUCACAAAUGUCUCAAAGGACUGCACAAAUCAUUACGACUACAACAUCCUCGGAAGAACCCACAAAAGGGCAAGGAAAACUCACACCCAGUGGGCAGGGAGAAUUCACAUCCAGUGGGACGCCAGUGACAAUGCUGACUAUGAGAAACCUUGGAGAGGACCUCAGAUGUGGGCAACCCCCCCCCCCUCUAGGGGACCGAAAGCAGUGGAUGUCGAGCGGGUCUAACAUGAUACUGUGAAAGUUCAAUCCAUAGUGGCUCCAACACAGCCGCGAGAGUUCAGUUCAAAGCGGAUCCAAGACAGCAGCGAGAGUCCCGUCCACAGGAAACCAUCUCAAGCGGAGGCGGAUCAGCAGCGUAGAGAUGUCCCCAACCCAUACACAGGUGAGCGGUCCAUCCUGGGUCUCGACUCUGGACAGCCAGUACUUCAUCCAUGGUUAUCGGACCGGACCCCCUCCACAAGGGAGGGGGGGACAUAGGAGAAAAAAGAAAAGAAGCGGCAGAUCAACUGGUCUAAAAAGGAGGUCUAUUUAAAGGCUAGAGUAUACAAAUGAGUUUUAAGGUGAGACUUAAAUGCUUCUACUGAGGUAGCAUCUCGAACUGGAGGGCAUUCUAGAGUACUGGAGCCCGAACGGAAAACGCUCCAUAGCCAGCAGACUUUUUUUGGGCUCUAGGAAUCACUAAUAAGCCGGAGUCCUUUGAAGGCAGAUUUCUUGCCGGGACAUAUGGUACAAUACAAUCGGCAAGAUAGGAUGGAGCUAGACCGUGUAGUAUUUUAUACGUAAGUAGUAAAACCUUAAAGUCACAUCUUAAGUGCACAGGAAGCCAGUGCAGG